UGUCAAAUUAUUCUUCCGUUUAGUCAAGUGACGCCAUUGUGAGCCGUAACGACUUUGAGCAGCAACGGGAUUAAUCUCGAUUUUCUUAUACAAUCUCGGAAAAGAAAAUAAUAAACACCAACAAAAUGGCAGAUGAUAUGCCCACUUUCAAAUGCGUGCUGGUUGGUGAUGGUGGUACUGGCAAAACUACUUUUGUCAAAAGACAUUUGACUGGAGAGUUCGAGAAAAAAUACGUCGCUACACUCGGCGUCGAAGUGCACCCUCUAGUAUUCCACACAAACCGAGGUCCUAUCAGAUUUAAUGUGUGGGAUACUGCUGGCCAAGAGAAGUUCGGAGGACUUAGAGAUGGUUACUAUAUUCAAGGUCAAUGUGCCAUCAUCAUGUUCGACGUAACCUCUCGUGUCACUUACAAAAACGUACCAAACUGGCAUCGAGACUUAGUUCGUGUCUGUGAAGGAAUCCCUAUUGUUUUGUGUGGAAACAAAGUAGACAUCAAGGACAGGAAAGUCAAAGCAAAAACAAUUGUGUUCCACAGGAAAAAGAACUUACAGUACUACGACAUCUCUGCCAAGUCAAACUACAACUUUGAAAAGCCUUUCCUGUGGUUAGCAAGAAAACUGAUUGGUGAUGGUAACUUGGAGUUUGUUGCCAUGCCUGCCCUUCUGCCCCCAGAAGUUACAAUGGAUCCCCAAUGGCAGAACCAAAUCGAAAAGGAUCUCAAAGAAGCUCAAGACACCGCGCUACCGGAAGAAGAUGAAGACUUGUAAAUAUAGCAAUGGCUAAAACUAAAUUUCAGUGCUGUUGCAUUGAGUGCGAUGUGUACACAAUGUAUUAAUUUUAAAUUUCAUUCCAUAAGUUCAAGUGAUCGAGAAGUUGGUAUAAUUGGACACCUAACUUAUUACAUGUCAUUAUUUCUGUAAUUGCUUUAAUUAAUCUAUGUUAAAAGAUUUUAGAUAUAUUUCUUUUGUAUGACAUUGUAGAUGUAUGUAAUUUGUACAAUCAUUCUACUAAACUUCAAUCCACUAGUGUAAUAUUCUGUAUCACAAUGCUUUUUCACCCAAAGAGCUGUACCCACUAUUUAUUGUAAGUGUUUAGGAUCUCUCUCAGUUUGUAAUCCUAUACAUCAGUAUGCUGUGUAUUGUAAAUUCCCAAUGGUACAUUUUUUGUAAUAACAGCUUUACUGUUUAUCAGUGGCAUGUACAUAACCAGUGAGUAUUGUAAUUUGUUCUGUACACAUGACUGACAAUAUUACAAUUUAAAAUUAUGGUGAUAAUUUUUGAAAUAAAGUUGAAAAAA